AAACAAGCCAAUGACAUAGCCCGUUUCAUUCGAAACGAACAACGUUAUUGGCUCGCUUACGAACGCGCCGCAGAAUUUGUACGAACGUCAAAAAAUACUCACUGCUAUGCCAUCUAUCGUCUUAAACUAUUAUCACGUUUGUUGCAAUAAAGUGUUUAGAUAGAAAUUUUUAAUUUUUUAAAAACAUGGAACAAUUAGAAAAUUCACCAAAUAGCAAGAAACUCGUCGAUAACGAAAUUAAAUUAACUAAAAAGCAAGAGGAAAGGAUAGAAAGAAAUCGUCAGAAAGCGUUGUUGUUACGAAAAUCACGAUUGGCUACCGAAUCGUCGCUUAAAAGUCAAUCUUGCAAGGAGCAAACUGUGAAAGUACCUCCUAAAUUACAAAAUACUGGAGGUGGAUUUCUUCUUGAAGAAUGUGAUGAUGAGCCAUCACAACCUCAAACAAUAUACAUUGAGCAGGCUCCUCCCAUUGAAGAGGAUAGACUUCAUUGUGAAAAAUGUGAUGUUGAAUUUGUGGAUUCCUUUCUCCUCACAAAUUUCAACGUUUAUAUUUGUGACAACUGCAGGGAAAAUGAUGGUUGUCAUAAACUUAUUACAAGGACAGAUGCUAAAAAAGACUAUUUGUUGAAGGAUUGUGAUCUAGAUAAAAGAGAACCUCCAUUAAAGUACAUUGUAAAAAAGAACCCUCACUACAGUAGAGGAGAUAUGAAAUUAUAUCUGAAAUGUCAGGUAGAAGAAAGAGCCAAGAUUGUUUGGGAAUCUGAAGAAAAUUUGGAAACUGCUCGUGACCAAAGAGCUCAAGAUAGAGAUAAACGGAAAAAGAAAGCCUACGAUAAAAAAAUAAAAGCUCUCCGUAUGAGUGUCCGUAGUAGUUUGUACAGACAAACUAAUACCUCACAUAAUCACGAUUACGGUGAAGAAAUACUCAAAGAAGACGACGUAUACGAAAAAACAUGUAAAACAUGCGGUCACGUUUUAACGUACGAGAAGAUGUAAAUAUUAAAAUUCAUAUGAUACGUCUGUAAAAACAAAAAUCACCAAAAAUAUAAUCGGAUUUUGCAUAUUUUUUAAAGUAAAUAUAAUUUUCUUCUUUUAUAUGUUGAGUAUGUAAAUAAACACUUUAAUGUAUUUGUAGAGAACGAAAGUCAAAUUGAAUUUCUUAGUGUUACAUAUACAUAUAUUUAAAUAAAAUGCAAACAGUUGGCCUCUUCGAUCCGCAUCCAGUUGAGAAAUCCGAUUGGGAUUAGAUGCAGACCUAUUAAAAAUAAUAGUAGUAAUUGCAAAGCUUUCCUUCUUAUAGAUAAAAAUCAUUAUCGGGUCAAACAAAAUACCGCCUGGACAUAGCUAAGGGUGUGUCGCUGUCAACGGUUGUAAUCUCCACCCAGUUGAAAAAAGAAGGGCUCGGAAGAGAUAAUGUCUUGUCAGAAGAGGAGCUUGGCUUGAUGCAAUAAAUUUUUAAAGGGGAACGACGCUCAGAUUGCUAAAGAUGAUAAAAAUGGGAGGAGUCGAGUCUCUAACGAAUAAAAAACUCAUCAGAACUUAUUAGAAUUUAUAAUCUAACGACCGAACUACUUUAAUAGGUACAAAUUCGUACGAUGGAUGUAGUAUGUAAAUUACACGUUUAACAUUUCCAAUUUCGGUUUUUUA